AUGUCUCAGUUGGUGCCCUACCACCUUUUCAACGGCGAGCAGGACGAAAGUCUUAUGUUCGCUACUAUGUUCGACUACCAGAAUGAAUAUUCAAAGCCAGUGAUGUUAACAAAUAUUGUCUUUGAACAAAACAUAUUUUACGAGUUUUAUAUGAUGCAAUAUGAAGAAAUGCGGAUCUUGACUCGAUUAGCACGUAACCAAAUACAUGUGAAUGGGGCAAACUAG